AUGAAUCAAUAUUUUAGGUAUGAACAACCUAAGCAACAUGACGGCUACGGCCAGCUUGCUGGGUUUCUCACACAAGAUUUUACUGAUCCGCUUUCAUCCAAGUACAAAAUUUUGGUACUAGACUUUGGUUACUUCACACGAACAGCGUAUUGUGAGAAGAUCAUCGAUGAGAAUGAGGAUCUGCAAGAUAGUUUCUACAACACAUAUGGAGAUUUGCUCUCUCGAUUUUCUACGCUGUUUCAAACGAUCGCUAACUUUAUCUCCAGUCUGAAAGAAUACUGUCAGCAGAUCGGCCACGAACGUGUCGGGAUCUCAUACUUGGACGUUGUUGAUAUUGAAAUCCUUGUCCACAUGGGUUUAGUUCUAUUGUAUCUGGAAAAAUACUUGCCUGGACUUGUUCGCGAAAGGAUUUACGUUGCUAUAUAUCGAAACAGUGAUGAACGACGAAAUGUCGAUUUUCUUGUUGAUUUUCUUCGCGUACAGUCAUCUACCUCGGAUCCGUUCUAUCUCUUCGAACGCCUCAAUAUAAAUGAAUCCGUUGUGCAAAAGUGCCUUUCUUGUUGUGAGACCAUACAUCGCGAGGGAAUCAACGAUGUUGGAAAAUCGUAUGUUGACAGAAUGACCUUGAUCAAAUGGGUAUUUGUAUGUCUUCUUUUCAAACCAUCUGCUCUAAAGUCUGACUUCAUCAAAAUGCGUCAAGUUGCCGAGUACUAUUUCCGCGAUGAAUGGGUCCUCCAAUUAGGGUUAGGCUUGAACGUCAAUCUUUUGGACGUAUGGCAGUCCUAUCGUGCGGCUUCAUCGGCGAUUAGCAGUCAAGUUGAUGUUGCCAAAGCUAAAGACAUGGCAACUUACCAUUACAAUGCUCUGUCAAAAUUGACCAUUCCGCAGGGCAAAAUCUCCCCCAACGACUUUGAUGCUCACAUCCGUCUCAUCUCGCAAUACAACUCUUCGUUGCGGUGGUUGAUUUUACAUACUUCAAAGACUACUUCGAAGAAAGCAGCAUCUUAUGUGCAAGCCAUUGACAUAUAUCCACAGUUCGACGCGCAAUCUCUGGUGCUUUUCCUUCGCGCAGCUAACUUUGAGAUGGAAUUUUUCACGGCAUAUAGAGAUGCGUUGAAAAAUAAAGAAAGCAAUAUCAAGAAAGUUACGGAUGCAACUUGCUCUACCAUAGCGGAGAUGGCGCAACUCUUUUCUCAAGACUUUGGUCCUUUGAACAAGGAUAAGAAAACAAAACUGCACGAUUGGUUUUUGCUAAUGAAAAAGACUCUGGAAGAGUUGGAGUUGAAUGACAAAAAGAAUGCAGAGUUUGUUAGCCAGGUCAAAAGAAGAAUUGUACAGGUUGGCGAGAUGCUCGACCUGGGCGGAAAUCUCAGUGUUGCACAACAUCUGCACAAACUGGAGUCGCAGUUGGACACAUUGUCUGCUCUUUACAGUGUAAGAGAAGAAGAAGAGCAACGUGUACAAAGAUAUGCUGAUCCUUCAUACAUCUGGCCAAUUUUGGAUGACUGGACUCCUCGCAUUCAGCGAAGAAUAUUGGAAUCAUCGAAUGUUCAUGCUAUUCGAGCUCUCGUCUUCAAGCUUUCUAUUUCAAUAACCAUGCUGUGUGAGCAGCUUCGUAAUGAAGAGAGGAAGACACUCAUCGGUCGCGCCUACUCCUUUCAUCUUGAACGACGUCUUCGGGCUAUUUUACAGACAAUUCCCCACAGGCUGUUUUCAAUCCUGAGAACGACAUUAUGUCCAUCAUUACAGCGACAUUGGGAGCCGACACUGGACAAGUCGGCGGCGCGAGAUAUGGCAGAUUUCGAGGACAACUUCAGUUUAGCUGAGGCAACCUACACAAUAUCUAACCUCAGUUUGGGUGUAUCAAGGAUGGCCCUCAAAAAAGUGGGUAUCGUGGGCAUAAACCCGAAAGAACUUCUUGAGGAAGGUAUUCGCCGUGAGCUUGCUUCGGAACUUCCCUCACUUUUGAUUUGUGUUGACAAACUAGCUCCCUUGGAUGAUGUAUUGUGUCAUCUGGCGGAUACUUUGGAGUCAUUUCGUCGUGCCUUCAUUUACAUGUGUGAACACGUGGACAUUAAUGGUCAUGAUAUGUGGCGGGAGGAACUAGACUCACAUGUUCAACGAACUGCAAGUGAGCUCAAAGAGAAGAAUGCGCCGAAUACGCCUCCCAGCAAAGGUAGUGCGAAUGUACCGGCUCUUUCCCACGUCUAUAACCUUCUGAUGAAAUAUUCUGAUCCCCACGCUAAUCGUUAUUUGGAGAACAGCAUGUUAUGGCGUGAAGUGAAAUCUAAGAAGGAUGUACUCUGUGCAAGAACUUUCGACUCGAUUGAGAGAUGGAUUCCAUCAUCAGCGAUAAAUGCGUUACGAUCGAUUCUGAACCACAGUAUGAUGACCUCAAUAACAGAUUCACUGAAGCAAAUUAAUACUCUUUUGGGUGCUAUUGGAAGCUUCUCUUUCGAUGACACUUUCUUAGCCUCUCCCCAGUACGAGCAGCUAUCACGCCAGUUGCAAGGGAAUCACCCUCUCACUCAGCUGAUAGGCAAAGUUGGCCAGAUUUUAUUGUUGCUGAGCAUGCUUUGUCAGUCAAAGAAGCGACAUUGUCAGUUACACGCUGCGCCUCUUUAUUCCACUCUAACAUCCUGUGAUAGAUAUCUACUGGCUCGCCCCGACUCCGUACCAGCUGAUGUUGGUCCAGUAGUUGACUUGCUGCGCGACUGCGGGUUGUCUACGCCUACUUUGACCUUGUACAAAAGUAAUGUGAUUCCUUCUCCAAACUCCUCCGUCUGUCUUCUGCUUGCUCUUCAUGCUAGCUUACACAGAUUGAAUGGAACUCGUCGGGAUUCUCUAUGUGGUCGCACUUUCGUCGCAGGACUAUAUUACUUACUUUAUCAGCUCAAUGAAUUACAGAAGUUUCGCAAAUUGGCUGAGCGUUUUGCGAAUCUGCUUGUCGUCACCCAGCGAACAAAAGUAGCCAUCGGAACCGACGAGUGCACCGUGCUAUUUGAAUUGGAUGGGCUUAAGAGCGUGGUUGCUUCAAACGAGGAGAAAGAAGUUUUCAUUUCUUUAGCUCGCUCAGGAGGACGAAAAUUCAUCAAAACUCUGCGUUUCAGACUUUGGGUUCGGACUCUAUUCCAGUGUUUUUUGUGUACUUGCCCUUUGCUAGUGCUUUUGCUAAUUAUUUUCCAACCGGCUCAAAGCCAAUAUACUAACCCGGAUCAAACGAACACAAGUGUGAGUUUCACACAUCAGGCUCACUCCAGACGAAGGUUUUACAAAGCUUUCUCCAGGAAGUCAAGUACAGAAUCCGCAAAGACCACACCACUAUUCUGA